AUGGCUGACAAUGACUGGAGGUUGCAAUUAUCAGCCUUAGACCGGUACGAGAACAUACAGAAGAUAAAAGCGGUGCUAGAAGCCGCCGGCUCAGAAGCCAAAGCCACUUCACAGUCCCAUGCAUUCUCGGUCGAGGACCAGGCCUACAAAGAUUCAAAAUCCAGGGCCCAAUAUGACGAAAUCUGUCAGUUGGUUGCUUCCGCAAACCUGACUCCUCAAGAUGCACCAGCUCCUGGCGGCGACCACGGCGACGAUGUUGGUGUCACCAUUGGCCCGUAUACGAGCUGCGUCCCAUUCGCCACUGGCCUCACCUCGGAGGUUUACAGAUGCAAAGACCGGGCCUUGAAAGUGAUCGUGGAGACGCACAACAUUGAGCCUCACAACCCUCACCGGGAGGCCAAGAUCCUAGCAACUCUGAAGCGGCCAUGCAUCAACCUGUUGGAAACAUUCAGAGACCAGGAGCAAAGACUCGUCCUGGUGUUCCCUUACAAGCCUCUUACCCUCGCUGAUUUAAUUGACAAAGGCACUCCCCCGCUAGCCCGCGUCAAGCAUAUAUUCAAGGACAUACUCACCGCCCUUAAGGACAUUCACAGCGAAGGCAUCAUUCACAGGGACGUGAAACCAGAAGCCAUCCUCCUCGACGGCCUAGAUGGACCAGCCUAUCUUUCCGACUUCGGAACCGCCUGGCACCCAGCCAUGUCAGUUGUUUCCGAGCCGCCCGACGGCAAGAUUCUUGACAUCGGGACCGGCCCCUAUCGCGCUCCGGAGGCCCUGUUCGGUGACAAAGCCUACGGCCCUGCUGUUGAUAUGUGGGCCGUCGGUUGUAUGCUGGCCGAAUGUUGCCGCAGCCCUCCAAAACCAUUGUUUGAGUCGAGGCCGGCGCACGAGGACGGCAACCAAUUGGGCCUCAUCUUGAGCAUCUUCAAAACUUUGGGCACUCCGACGCGGGAGACGUGGCCCGAAGCCGCGAGUUUCAAGACGCCGCCCUUCGACAUGUAUCGCAUGAUUGAUGGCAAUUCAUGGGAAGAGAUUCUGCCAGAUGUCGAUGUUCAAGUUCGAGGCCUGGUAUCAAGCUUGGUUCGUUUCGACUCAAAGAGGGCGACUGCUGCACAGGUGAAUUGA